CUCGACAGUGUGUUACUUGCAUCCACAAAAUUCACUUGCCUUCAGCAUCCCCAACAAAUCAAUAACUCAAACAAAAUGAAGACCAUCUUUGCGCUCGCUGCCAUCAUCGCCCUGGCCCUGGCUGCCCCACUUGAUGACUCCAAGAACGCCCAGAUCCUGAAGUACGAGAAUGACAACAUUGGAGUCGAUGGAUACAAAUUCGCUUUUGAAACCAGCGAUGGACAGGCCCGCCAGGAACAGGCUGAGCUGAAGAAGCUGGGAGAUGAUGUUGAGGCUCUUGUUGUCCGUGGAUCGUUCUCAUUCACCGCCCAGGACGGUCAGGUCUACACCGUCAACUACAUCGCCGAUGAGAACGGAUUCCAGCCAGAGGCCGCCCAUCUGCCAAGAGCCUAAGUUCGCAGCAAUCGGAACAACAGCAUCAGCAGCCCACUGAAGUCGCACACUACCAUCAACUUGACGACGAACAACAUCAACAACAACAACUGAGAAUACUCCGACAAAUCUAAGUCCAUGCUUGUAAAGUGUACAGUUUUUUUUGUAUUGUUUUGUGUAUAUUAUCUUUUUGUUUUAUUUUUUGUUUUUUUACGAGAGAGAAAAAAAGGUCAAUAUUAAACAGACUUGAGUUACCUCACGCUGUCGUGCUUUCGUGGCGAAAGCAGGAUACGCAUUGUUACAAUAUCAACAGCAACAACUAUUGCAACAAGAACUUUGUACGAACACCAACUGCCAUAUCUUCUUUUACUACGACAAAUAAAGCUAGUUUUAAGUGAACCGUGAACACAAA